UAUUAUAAAUCACUUCAAAUGAUUAAAAAAAAUGGCUAGAUUGCAUUAUUAGUCUUUUGUGCAGGUACUAUGUAGUCAGUGAUUAUUUAUUCAUAACCUUUGAUCUAAGAGCUCCAGUUAUAGGAUGUAACCUCUGCGGGUUCAGGUUGCAAGGUAUGAUCCUAGUGUUACCUUCUGCAGCCUGCAGUCAAUGAGUGCUUUUGCCUCGUCUGUAUCAUGGAAAACAUCUGGAUCCAAGCGCUCAACGUGCUUGUUUGUUGAUGCUGUAACAGAUGAUGUCAUCCCCAGUGACAUCAUCUGACAUUUACACCGCGAGAACGUAAGUUGGCACAGUCUGAUGGGCGAAGAUAGCCGUCCGUACUGAUUAACCUGUCAGUUACACGUCUAACCGUCGUGGGAUCCAUACUUCGGCGGCUCUAAAUUUAGUAGUCUCAUUUCUCAGGCCCUCAACCAUCUGCGUUUGCGCCUAAAUUGAUGCCUAAUCAUUUUUUAGUUCACGAUGCCCUGCGGUGAGCGGUGCCUUUUGCUCAUUAGAGCUAACUGAUUUCUCCUCUUCCUUCUUCUUCUCGCGGCUCGGCGGGGCAGAUUUUAACCAGACGCCGAGGCAGUUUGGGGUGUGAUUAAUUUCGCUCCUUGCUAAACGCAGCGGAUGACAAAUGCAUAAGCCGCAAAUAGCUCCCAAUGCCCGUUCUGCUGCUGAGACGGUUUUAUCUGAAACUAACCAACCGCGUCCGUGACUAUCGCUCUGUGUGUUUCGAGAGAGAAAUUUAGCUUUAAUUUAUAGCUCAAACUGUUUUUUUUGAAGUCACAACGUCGCGCUGUGCUUUGAUAAUGCUGCUGAUUGAGAAGGGGAAAUUCCACUGUAUAUGGUUUUGAAGGAAAUAUUAAUUUCGAGUUGGGAGUCGGACAUUCCUGGUGUGGUUACUCCCAGUUGCAAAGACAGCCGUUUUUUUGGUGAGGACUUAUAAACCGCAUUAGGGAUUUAUCGCUCUUCUUUAUUUAUGCAGAUGUUGCGAAUCACCCUUGUACUUUCCCCGUUUCUCUUUUUCUCUAGAUACUGUCUGAUGAGCGUAAAAGGCUGUUUCACUGACUUCCACAUCGACUUUGGCGGCACAUCGGUAUGGUACCACGUCUUCAAAGGAAGAAAGGUCUUCUGGCUGAUUCCCCCAAGCCCAAACAAUCUGUCUCUGUACGAGGACUGGGUGCUGUCAGGCAAACAGAGCGAUAUCUUCCUGGGUGACCGUUCAGACGGCUGCCAGCGAGUGGAGCUGAAACAGGGCUACACCUUCUUCAUCCCUUCAGGUUGGAUCCAUGCCGUCUACACUCCAGAAGACACCCUGGUGUUUGGCGGGAAUAUUUUACACAGUUUCAACAUUCCCAUGCAGCUCACCGUCUACGAAAUUGAGGACAGAACAAAGGUAAAGGAUUUAUUUAUCUAAAAAAAAAUAUAGACC